GGUGGUGUCGGUUUCGCUUCCUGGUUGAGUGCUUGAAUGGUUCUGUGUGCCGUGCUCCGUUUCCUGCGGUUGGAUGCUGUGGAUUGUGCACAGGCAAGCUCCGAAGUUGCGACAUGGAUGUGUUGACCCAUGAUGAUGUGCAUGUGAACUUCACUCGAGAAGAAUGGGCUUUGCUGAAUCCUUCACAAAAGAGCCUCUACAAAGAUGUGAUGCUGGAGACCUAUAGGAACCUCAAUGCUAUAGGCUACAAUUGGGAAGACAAUAAUAUUGAAGAACAGUGUCAAAGUUCCAGAAGAAAUGGAAGGCAUGAAAGAAGACUUAUUGGAGAGAAACGCUCUGAAAAUAUUCAGUGUGGUAAAGACUUUGCAAGUCAUAGUUAUCCUCAAAGGCAUGAAAGAAUUUAUACUGGAGAAAAACCCUAUGAAGGCAUUCAGUCUGGUGAAGCCUUUGUACAUCAAAAUAGUCUCCAAAUAAUACAUACUGGAGAGAAACCCUACAAAUGCAAUCAAUAUGGUAAAGCCUUUGCACAACACAGUACUCUGCAAAUUCAUAAAAGAACACAUACUGGAGAGAAACCCUAUAAAUGUAAUCAAUGUGGUAAAGCCUUUGUAUUUCAUAAUACUCUCCAAGUACAUAGAAGAACACAUACUGGAGAGAAACCCUAUGAAUGUGAUCAGUGUGGUAAAGCCUUUGUAGCUCAGAAUGAUCCUAAAAGACAUGAGAGAGUUCAUACUGGAGAGAAACCUUAUAAAUGUGAUCAAUGUGGUAAAGCCUUGGCAUAUCAUAGUACUCUCCAAGUACAUAAAAGAUCACAUACUGGAAUGAAACCCUAUGAAUGUAAGCAAUGUAGUAAAUCCUUUGCCUCUCAUGAUCAACUUCAAAUUCAUGAAAGAAGUCAUACUGGAGAGAAACCUUAUAAAUGUAACCAAUGUGGUAAAGCAUUUGCAUAUCGUAGUACUCUCCGUGUACAUAAAAGAACACAUACUAGAGAGAAGCCCUAUGAAUGUAAGCAAUGUAGUGAAUCCUUUUCCUCUCAUGAGCUACUUAAAAAACAUGAAAGGAUUCAUCCUGGAAGGAAACCUUAUGAAUGUAAGCAAUGUAGUAAACUUUUUGCCUCUCAUGGUCAACUUCAAAGUCAUGAAAGAAUUCAUACUGGAGAGAAACCAUUCAGAUGUAUUCAAUGUGGUAAAACAUUUGCAUAUCAUAGUUAUCUCAAAGUACAUAAAAGAAUACAUACUGGAGAGAAACCUUACAAAUGUAAUCACUGUGGUAAAUCCUUUGCCUCUUGUGGUCAACUUCAAAGUCAUGAAAGAAGUCAUACUGGAGAGAAACCUUACAAGUGUAUUCAAUGUGGCAAAGCCUUUGCAUAUCAUAGAAGUCUCCAAGGACAUAAAAGAACACAUACUGGAGAGAAACCUUACAAAUGUAAUCACUGUGGUAAAGCAUUUGCACGUAGUUGUAAUCUCCAAGUUCAUAAAAGAAUUCACAAUGGAGAGAAACCUUAUAAAUGUGAUCAAUGUGGUAAAGCCUUUGUAGCUCAGAAUGAUCUUAAAAGACACGAGAGAGUUCAUACUGGAGAGAAACCUUACAAAUGUGAUCAAUGUGGUAAAGCCUUGGCAUAUCAUAGUACUCUCCAAGUACAUAAAAGAACACAUACUGGAAAGAAACCCUAUGAAUGUAAGCAAUGUAGUAAAUCCUUUGCCUCUCAUGGUCAACUUCAAAGUCAUGAAAGAAUUCAUACUGGAGAGAAACCUUACAAAUGUAAUGAAUGUGGUAAAGCCUUUACACACCAUCAUAAUCUUCGAGAGCAUAAAAGAAUACACACUGGACAGAAACCCUAUUGAUGUAAGCAAUGUAGUAAAUCCUUUGCCUCUCAUGAUCAAGUUUGAAAACAUGAAAGAAUUUCAUACUGGAGAGAAACCUUACACAUGUAGAUAAUAUGGUAAAGCCUAUUCACAAUCAUCACCUCCAACUACAUAAAAGAACACUAAAGAGUAACCCUAUGAAUAUAACCAAUGUGGUAAAAGCCUUUACAGUGGUCUUGAAAGGUGUGAAUAUACUUGGUCUAUGGCAAGUGGCUGUAUUAGGAAGUAUGGCAUUUCUGGAGUAGAUGUGGCAUUUGAGAAAGUAUGUCAUGGUGGGGGUGGACUUUGAGAUUCUAUGCUUAAGCUCCACCCAGGGCAGCAGAGUCUUCUGGUUGCCUUCUGUUCAAGAUGUAGAACUCUUGUCUCCUCCAGCCCCAUGUCUGCUUGGGCACUGCCAUUUUUUUCAGCCUUGAUGAUAUCAGACUGAACCUCUGAAUCUGUACACUACCCCUAAUUAAAUGUCUUUUAUAAGAGUUGCCUUGGUCAUAGUAUCUUUUCACAGCAAUAAAACCCAAGUUAAGACAAACAGCAUAAAAGAUACCACACUGGAGAGAAACUCACAAGCAGAAAGUUCUCUGCAUGUUUGAUAACAGAAAUAACAUGUUUUAAGUAGUCUCUUCUUCCUUCUCUUCUCUCCUUCCAUUUUUCCUCGUCUAUAUUCCUCUACAUUUCCUUUUCCUUUCUGCUUCUUUUUUUCCCCAUGAGGACAGUGAUGUAUUAAGAUAGAAUCUUACGGCUGGAGCACCUGGAGGGGGCCAUGUUGGGUCCUGGAUCCCUCAGAUACUAGUCUGCACAGGUGAGAGUAUGGACUACAGAAGCAACACAGCUUCUGGGACAGACCCCAUUUCAGGCUCCAGACAUCUGGGCACCUUCCCCGCCAGAGGAGAGGUGUCUUCCUGGGAGGGCUCUGCUGGAGCACCUAGGGAGCCAUCUUGGGUCCUAGAUCCCUCAGAGACUAGUCUGCGCAGGUUAGAGUGUGGAAUACAGAAACUCCAGA